AUGAGAUGUGUUGUUGGGAAUGGAAACUCUAUAAGUGCUUGGGUGGAUCCAUGGCUGCCAACACAUCCACCGAGAGCACCAACUCCAAAAAAUGCAGAGGUACAACAGUGCUUAAUUAAAGAUUGGUUUAACCCAAUAGGACCAGGUUGGAAUGAGAGUGUUAUCCGAGAUCUGGUAUCAGAGGAGGAUAUACCGUUGGUUUUAGCUACUCGUCUUUUGUCCACAAGCAGGAAACGACAUGAUCGGAUGGCAUUACAACAAGAACGGCAUAUAUUCUGGUUAAAUCAGCAUAUUGGCUCGCAACACAUUUACCGGAAUCCCAGGCUAUAG